AUGCGUGGAAUUAUUUGUUUGCUUUCGCUUGUCAAAUCGACCCGAUUCACGAUUCGUAUUCUAUAAUUCAGUUCUAUUAAAUAUAAUAAUUUAUCGAACUUCUCUCUGUAAAACACAUUAAUUCAUAAGGGCCUGUGUUUAAUACAUAGAUCGUCUGAAAGAGUUAAGUGUUCACAAUGGACGAACCAAUGGAUUCGCUAACUCAGCCUGACUUGAGCUUUCCUGAGGCGGCUCCACCAGCGCAGCCGAUGGAAACAGCACCACCGUUGACCACAAUGACCCCCACAACCAUGGGACCUCAGAGUGGAAGGCAUGAAGAGUUCUCAGUAGAGAAAGUUUUGGAUCGCAGGAUUAAGAAUGGCAAGGUCGAGUACCUUUUGAAGUGGAAGGGGUAUUCUGAUGAAGACAAUACUUGGGAGCCAGAAGAUAAUCUGGACUGUCCGGAAUUGAUAUCAGCAUAUGAGGAUGCUCGCAUGAAGAGAGAGAAGGAAGCAGAAGAGGCAGCAGCGGCCGCAUCUGUUGCGGCUUCUGCUGCCGCGGCUGCUGCGGCCGCCGCAGCUGCCGCCGCCGCCGCCGCCGCCGCUGCGGCUGUACCUGAUCCUAUAGAAGAGAGUCUGGCUAGUCGCAAACGAAGUAGGAGAGAUAAGAAGAAGAAAGUUGAAGCUGUUCAAGAGAUUGAGAAACCGCGGGGGCUUGCACGUGGUUUGUCUCCUGAAAAGAUCCUUGCCGGUCAACUGUUCCAUGGCACACUCUACUUCUUAGUUAAAUGGCAUGGUUGUCUGGAGUUAGAUGUGGUACCUGGCCACGAGUUAGGCGAGGCGUAUCCAGACUUCGUGAUCAACUACUACGAGAGAUGCGCUCCAUUCAGCGUCCGACACACAGUCGGCAAGAUACCUAGAGUUGCUCCUGAGCUCCCGUCAGAACCAGAAAAACCUCAAGAGGCUGAAGCUAUGGAUGUUUCUGCUGAAGUUCCAACUGAUACCACAGAAGCUCCACCUGAUCCUUCGCAAGCAUUAACCGAGCCAGAAACCCCACAAAUAGAGGUAGCAGUCAACUGACCGUCGUUUUACAACGCUACCAGUAGCGAGUAUUGAUUAUACGAGAGUAAAGUGUGAUGUUAUGUUACUUUUGUUCUGACAGCUGAACUAUUGGACUAGUAUAUAUAAAAAGUUAAAUGAACAGCAACUGUAAUUGAACGCAAUAAAGUGCAAUUUAGCUCGCGUCCAAAGCGGUAAUAAUAUUGAACGUGCUUUUGGGGUUUCUUUUAAAAGUAAAAUGCAAAAAAUUCAAAUAGCCUAUGACAGUACUGUUUACUCUACAGUGGGUAACGAAUUCUAUUAUCGAGGUUUCUAAAGUAAAAUUACGAUUGGCAAGUCAUGUUCUAGGCUUCCUUACCCAAACGGUAAAAACUUAACCCUAUUACUAAGGCUACGAUGUCUGUUCGAUUGACCGUCCAUCUGUCACCAGGCUUUAUCACAUUAACUGUGACACCUGAAAUAGAUAGUUGAUUAUGUUUUUCUUUAGCCUGUACAUAUGGAAUCUGGACUUUUUUAAUAUAUUUUUUCUGUCAGAACAAAGCAACAAGGCGGCUAUGUUUGGUGUUGGUAGAUGUUACGAUGUAUCUGCGAUAGAAUGUGAUUAAGUUAAGCAUAAUAUAAGAAAGAUAUGGUUUACGUACUUUUGUAAUGGUUUUUUAUAAUAUGUGACAAAAAUGAAAUUGGGAAAAUAUCGAAAAUUAAUAUAAAAUCUUAUAAAUAAAGCUGUAAAGAUUCUAUUAUAUACAAAAUAAACGAGUUGACUCUCAUUUAAAAUUAACUGAUAUUUCAUUAUUGUGUUAUAAAAGAAAGAAGAGAAUAAACUUGAUUUGUGCAAGUUAUAAGAUAUGGAUUUAAGAUAAUAAAAAAUAAUAUUAUUGCAAUAUCAAUACAGUGGGUAUUAAAAUAAAAUUAUUGAAAUGUGCUUUAAAAACUGACUACUGUUUUGCUGUAUUAAAAUCUUUUAAAUCGUAUUAUAGUGGCAACUCUACCUUUUAAAGUUGCCAUUGACUUCAAAUCAGUCUUGCAACUAAGUCGAAUAAUAAUAGAGAAUUACCGUAGCAGCUAAAAAAAGAAAAAAUAAGACUAUUGUUAUUCUAAAUUAAAAAAUGUGUUUUAAGUCAUUGGCAUAAUUCCACAUAAUUGUCAUUGUUAUUGGAAUCAAAUUAAAUAUUUUCAUUUUUACGAUGAAAACUUUUGUACUGGUUAUACAAAUAAAAAACAAUGUGCAAUCGCA